ACGCGAGAGAGCGUUCCGACGGAGAGAGCGAGUGGGACCAGAGACGAUCGGCGAAGCGCACAGUCAGGGAUAACAAUCUUUUGCUGUCGGAGAGAAACACAACACAACCGUGACUUAAAUUUACCGGAGGCAAAAUUUGGGGUACAAACAAACAAACAAAGCGACCACCCUCUCCCCCCACCCCUCUCUGUCCGUGGAAAAGGAACCACCCAGGGGACAUACAAAUGUGAGCGACGCGCACGAACAAGACUCAGGUGCAGAGAAACCAAACUGGCGGCGCACUUAGGAUGCAGAAGUCACCGGUGGAAGAUGCAAACUUCCUCUCCCAAUAUUUCUUCUGGUGGACGACACCGCUGCUGAGGAAGGGCUUCAAAAAGAAGUUAGAGCUUUCAGAUGUGUACAAGGCUCCGUCUUAUGAUCUGGCAGACAACCUCUCUGAGAGACUCGAAAGAGAAUGGGACAGAGAGGUGGUGUCAGCCAAGAAGCAGCCAAAGCUGAUGAGAGCGCUGGCCCGCUGCUUCCUUGGCCCUUUCGCCUUCUUUGGGGUCCUCCUCUACCUCGGGGAGGCUUCAAAGACAGUGCAGCCUCAGCUUCUUGGUCGCAUCAUCGCCUCCUUUGACCCGUUCCACGCUGCCGAGCGAGGCCAGGGAUACUUCCUGGCGCUUGGCCUGUGCCUCCUCUUCACCGCCCGCUUCCUCCUGCUGCAACCUGCCAUCUUUGGCCUUCAUCACCUGGGCAUGCAGAUCCGCAUAGCCCUCUUCAGUCUCAUAUACAAAAAGACCCUGAAGCUGUCAAGCAGAGUCCUGGAUAAAAUCAGCACCGGUCAGCUGGUCAGUCUGAUGUCCGCCCACCUCAACAAGCUGGACGAGAGCUUGGGUCUGGCCCAUUUUGUAUGGAUCACCCCCCUGCAGUGCAUACUGUGUGUGGGUCUGAUCUGGGAGCUGAUCGAGGUAAACGGCUUCUGUGCACUUGCAGCUCUGACUCUGCUGGGCAUCAUUCAGGCUUGGCUCUCCCAGAAGAUGGGACCUCACCGGGUGAAGAGAGGAGGGAUGAUCAACCGCCGCCUGGCUCUUACCUCAGAGAUCGUGGAGAACAUCCACUCUGUGAAGGCGUAUGGCUGGGAGGAGGUGAUGGAAACAAUCAUCAAAAACAUCAGGCAGGAUGAGAUGACGCUGACAAGGAAGAUCGGUUCUCUGCGUUACUUCUACAGUGCCGCAUACUUCUUCUCCGCCAUCUUGGUCAUCGUGUCUGCUAUUGUGCCGCAUGCGCUCAGUAAGGGCAUCAUCUUGCGGCGGAUCUUCACCACGGCUUCCUACUGCAUGGUGCUGCGAAUGACGCUGACCCGCCAGCUGCCAGGAUCCAUUCAGAUGUGGUACGACACACUGGCACUGGUCAAGAAGAUCGAGGAAUUCUUGAUGAAGGAGGAAUACAGAGUGCUCGAGUACAACCUGACCACAACUGAGGUGGAGCUGGUCAAUGUGUCUGCAUCCUGGGACGAGGGCAUUGGUGAGCUCUUUGAGAAGAUCAAGCAGGAGAACAAGAAAAACGGUCACCUGAACGGUGAUGCCGGCCUCUUCUUUACCAACCUCUACGUCACACCCGUACUCAAAAACAUCAGCCUGUACCUGGAGAAGGGCAAGAUGUUGGCGGUGGCUGGAUCCACUGGCUCAGGGAAGAGUUCUUUGCUCAUGAUGAUCCUGGGAGAGUUGGUACCAUCGGAGGGUAAAAUCAGACACAGCGGUCGCAUCUCCUUCUCACCGCAGACUUCCUGGAUCAUGCCGGGGACGGUCAGAGACAACAUCCUGUUUGGACUGACCUAUGAUGAAUACCGCUAUACCUCUGUCAUCAAGGCCUGCCAGCUGGAAGAGGACUUUGCCUUGCUGCCAGAGAAAGACGAGACGUUCCUCGUAGAAGGAGGGGUGACCCUUAGCGGUGGACAAAGGGCUCGCCUUGGCCUGGCCAGGGCUGUGUAUAAGGAUGCAGACCUCUACCUGCUGGAUUCACCAUUCACCCACCUGGACAUCGUGACGGAGAAAGAGAUCUUUGAGAAAUGUGUCUGUAAACUUAUGGCCUCCAAGACUCGUAUAGUGGUCACCAGCAAGUUAGAGCAUCUCAAACGGGCAGACAAAAUCCUGCUGCUCCACAACGGAGACUGCUACUUCUAUGGCACCUUCUCCGAGCUGCAGGCACAGAGGCCUGACUUCAGCUCCCUCCUCCUUGGCAUGGAAGCCUAUGACAACAUCAACGCAGAGCGACGCAGUUCCAUCCUCACAGAAACUCUACGCAGGGUCUCUAUCGACGAGACGGCUGGAUUUCGAGGCCCAGAGCCGAUGCGCCAGUCUUUCAGGCAGCAACACCCUCCAAUAAUAAUCUCUGGACCGCAAGGCCACGCUGGAGGUGACGGCUACCCAGAAAAACGCAAACAGUCCCUCAUACUCAGCCCCCUGGCGGCUGCUCGCAAGUUCUCCUUCAUCGGAAACUCCCAACAGACUGCAAACACUCUGGCUGACGAUGGGGUUCGGGAACUCUCUGAUAGGAAAUUCUCCGUUGUACCCGAGGAUGAUCAGGUAGAGGAGGUGCUCCCCAGGGGGAACUUAUACCAUCAUCAGUUGCCACACCUCCACGGGCAGCGGCGUCAGUCCGUGCUGGCAUUCAUCACUUACUCUCAGGGCCAGGAACGCAGAGAGCAGAUGCAGUCUUCCCUCAGAAAGAGACUGUCCAUCACACCACAGUGUGACCUGGCAUCCGAGCUGGACAUUUACGCUCGCCGCCUGUCCAAAGACAGCGUUUAUGACAUUAGCGAGGAGGUGGAUGAAGAAGACAUGGAGCAAUGCUUUGCAGAUGAACGAGAGAACAUCUUUGAAACUACCUCAUGGAGCACCUAUCUACGCUACCUAACCACCAACAAGAGCUUAAUCUACGUCCUACUUUUCAUCAUAUUUGUCUUCAUCAUUGAGGUUGCUGCUUCAGUCAUUGGCAUUUACCUCAUCACUGAGGAAAUCAGGAGGGAUGGAGAAAACCCUUCUUCACCCAACUACAUCGACGAGCAGCACCCAAAUGCCUCAUCGCCCCCCGUCCACCUGGCAGUCAUUGUCACACCGACCAGCGCUUACUACAUCAUCUACAUUUACGUGGCGACAUCAGAGAGUGUGCUGGCUUUAGGAUUCUUCAGGGGCCUCCCAUUGGUGCACACAUUACUCACUGUGUCCAAACGACUGCACGAACAGAUGCUCAGCGCCGUAAUACGAGCACCCAUGGCUGUGCUCAACUCCAUGAAGACAGGUCGGAUCAUGAACAGAUUUACGAAAGAUAUGGCCACCAUAGAUGACAUGCUGCCUUUGGUCCUGUUUGACCUCAUCCAGCUGACAUUGAUUGUCACAGGUGCCAUCUUCACUGUGUCCAUCAUGCGGCCUUACAUCUUCAUCGCUGCCAUCCCAUUGGCUGCCAUCUUUGUUAUCCUCAGAAAGUACUUCUUACGAACAGGACAGCAACUCAAGCUCCUGGAGGCUGAAGCUCGUAGCCCCAUCUUCUCCCACCUCAUCAUUUCCCUGAAAGGUUUGUGGACUAUUCGGGCCUUUGGGCGUCAGACCUACUUCGAGACACUCUUCCACAAGGCGCUUAACACUCACACAGCCGCCUGGUUCCACUACCUGGCCACACUGCGAUGGUUCCUCUUCAGAUGUGAUAUGAUCUUUGUACUGUUCUUCACUGCAGCUGCCUUCAUCGCUGUUGGAACCAACCAGGACAAACCAGGGGAGGUUGGCAUCAUUGUGGCCCUUGCAAUGCUCAUCCUUGGGACUUUCCAAUGGGCUGUCAUAACCAGCAUCACUGUGGACGGACUGAUGCGAUCAGUUGAUCGGGUGUUUAAGUUUAUCGACCUGCCGUCAGAGGAGCCGCUCCCUCCAGGGAAAUCUGGUGGUAAAGGAGGCCCUGGCCUCGUCAUCGACAACCCACAUGCCCAAGAAAGCUGGCCCAACCGCGGUCACAUGGACGUCCAGGGCCUGACUGUGAAAUACACUGAGGCUGGGCGUGCUGUCCUCAGUGACAUCUCCUUCUCCGUGGAGGGAGGGCAGAGUAUAGGUCUGCUGGGUCGAACAGGUUCAGGGAAGAGCACCCUGCUCUCGGCUCUGCUGCGUCUCGCCUCCACUGAUGGAGAAAUCUCCAUCGACGGCGUCUCCUGGAGCUCCGUCUCCCUGCAAACGUGGAGGAAGGCCUUUGGAGUGGUGCCGCAGAGAGUCUUCAUUCUAACUGGAACUUUCCGGAUGAACCUGGACCCACAUGGACGUCACAGUGAUGAGGAGCUGUGGAGGGUAGCCGAGGAGGUGGGUUUGAAGUCUGUCAUCGAGCAGUUUCCAGACAAGCUGGACUUCCAGCUGGAAGACGGAGGCAACGUGUUGAGCAACGGACACAAACAGCUGCUGUGUCUCGCCCGCUCCAUCCUCAGCAAGGCUCGCAUCCUGCUGCUGGACGAACCCUCUGCCUACCUCGACCCCAUAACGUUACAGGUCCUGAGGAAGACGCUGAAGCAUGCGUUCUCUGACUGCACAGUCAUCCUAUCAGAACACAGAGUGGAGCCACUGCUGGAGUGUCAAUCAUUCCUGAUGAUUGAAGGGAGCUCCAUGAAAAGCUACGACUCCAUCCAGAAGCUCCUGAACGAGACGAGUCACCUGAAACAGGCCAUGAGCCCCGCCGACCGACUGCGCCUCUUCCCCAACCUUCAUCGCCUCAACUCCAGCAAGAGGGCGCCGCCUCAGACCGCUAAAAUCUCGUCUCUGCCAGAGGAAGCGGAAGACGAAGUCCACGACACUCGCCUCUAACCAGACAUGCGCACACACACAUAAACACACAUAAACACACAUAAACACACUCACCUGUACUCCACAUGGACAAAACUAGUAUUUGAUCCUGUGAUCAGUACUGAUGAUUUAAGAUCUGAUGGGACAACUUAAAGCCAUUUAUUAUUAGCAUCAUCUUCACUAUUCACUAAAAAGGAAAACUCAGAUCUCAACUAAGUCACUAUCCAUUAUUAGACAUCAAACAAUUAAAGUCUUUAUAUUUAGUUUUCACUUAAUCAAAUUUUGGCACAACUGAACCCAUAUUCAAAUACAGCUUAUAGAUCUGAACAGGGAUGACACAGUUUACUAAUACAACUCAAACAUAGCAAAGUGCUAUGCUGCUGAUGUCAUAAAUACACAACUGGUAGAGUAUGUUUUGCACACAAGUUAUAAAAACAUGUUGUCAUGGUAACAACCCUGCACAUAAACCUAAAAGAGUUCAAUUCUGCACGAAUAUGAAGUGCAGAAUUAGACGCUGAAAAGAAAGAAAUGCAAAUUCACAUGUGCAGAACACGCCAACACACCUGCAGGUAUAGAAAAAGAUGAAACACUUAAAAAAGGCUGUAUGACUGAAAGAAAUGCAAUAAUGUUCAGGUCCUAAAAAAAGACACUUUAGUUGUAAAUGUUAGUCACUAAGUAUAUUUAUAAAAACAUAUUAUGUGUAUGUACUGCAGGGCAGAGCUCACCACACAGCUGCAUGAGAGAUGAAAUCCUCCACGAAACAGGAACCUCUGAGAGCAAAGCAUGAUGGGUAGGAGAGAUGUGCCUUUGACAUGUAAAUAACACACCUGAGACAGUAACAUGCACCAUGAUCUGUGGUUCACUCCGACUAACUGGACGAUAUGAUGUCGGUGAUUCUUUUUCAAGUGCCUUUGCAGGUCGCAGUCAGUCGGUUGUUUUUGAAGAGGUGUGACAAAAUGUGUUCAGAGUCUCUUCAGUCAAAACAUUCCUCGACAGGAGCCAGUGUAGAAUUCUGACUGCAUGUGUUUUUAUCAGAAUGGAGCUUUUCUCAUUUCAUACAUAAAGUUUCAAUUGCGUGAAUGAUAUGAACACCUUUUUUAUCCAAAGGUACUCAAAAGCCUAUUCGCUUUAAAAGACUUGAACAACAAAUCAAAACUAGAAUUACACAUCGUCCACCGACCCCGCUGCUGACCAGCGUCUGCUGCAGACUAUGACGCUCCGCUGCAGACUGUGCUGAGAGGAUUGUUCUCUAAUUUGCCGAUCACCCUACACAACGUUUUCUGCGCAAAAAAGCAAGAAAACAAAUCGCUAGAGGAUAAAAAGAUGAGCUGAGAGUAAGACUUCUGCAGUGGCUUUAUGUGAUCCUAAAGUAUCUUCUUGUUAAUGCUGCAGUUUCUUUGGUUUGUCUGCCUGACUGCAGAAACUUAACUGCACCAAGCAACCACACACAAACAUACUGUACACACACACACACACACACAGAGGCCUGCACCUAAAAGGGACAGUGAAGCUGUUGGCUGACACUACUAACACGACGACUCAGACCCGUAUUUUUCUAUCUGAAUGCACUUUAGAGACAGCCUGAGGUACUCAUUCUCUUCUAAAGCAAGGCACACGUUAAAGAACUUAAGAGCUGUACACUUUGUUUUUUUAAACUUCUCCUUAAAAUGAAAUAUAGCUUUAUUAUUGUCAUAACUAAUUCUGCUUUUUACUUUGAUUUUUUUUCUCCUCGUGUCACUUGAUGAAUUACAAAUGAACGAUGAAUCAUCACAAAAAAAAUCUAUUUUCAGAGCCACUGCUGUACAAAUGCAAACGUUUAGCUUAUUCGAUCUUUUUUUUUUAUCAUUUCAAGUGAUAUUAAUUCUUCCUCAGAACCUGACAAACAUUUUAACUCUUCUAAUUCACUUUAUUUUUUUUCUUUGGUUGAGGGACGAGUGAGUUGCUUCUUUCAUACUGAGUACUUUUGUAAAGCAGUGAUGCAGAUGAGUUUUAAGGUACUGUGGAGAAAUGCCUUCAUAUCUGAACUACUGUGAUGAGCGACGUGUUUUUUUUAUUAUUACAGAUUAAAUUAAGAACAAAGCAGUUUCUUACUCAUAGGAAAAGGGACACCUGUGUCCAAAAAAUGUAUAAAUGUAUUUGUUCAAUCAACUAUAUUUCCAGUAAAAACUAAAGAUUUUGAGAA